AUGACCUGGAAUACAUUUGCAAAUGUAUUUCUUUGGUAUUUUAAACCUGAAUGGAGACACUUUUUUCAAGAUUUAGAUGAAGAAAUGAAACCAACUUAUGAAUUAGUGAAUCCCAUAGAUCCAAUCCCUAAAACUGUUCUGAAGGUCGUAGAAGAAACAUCAUCAUCGGAUUUGUGCAUAAAAGCUUUUAAAGGUGACACCUUGGAUCAAACUUUAGCUGCAAAAGAAACGAAAAAAAUGGAAGAAACUUAUGAGUUGUUAAAUUUUGAAGAUAAACCUCUCAUACUUGAUGAUCGUGUUUCUCCCACUAAUAACAUUGAAAUUCAUUUCUACCUUUCACCCAUUUUAAAUCAGAAGAACACUCAACUUCCUUCUCAAAAGAUAUCUUCAAAUCUUGUCCACGUCUCAACUUAUGCAUCUCUCACAACUUCCAUGAUUGAUCCUCAUGUCAAGGAUUGGGGUUUUAAGGAAAAUCUACCAAAACCCCCAGAUCCCAAUUCAAAAAAUAAAAUCUCUCGUUCUGACAAGUUAGGUCGAAUCAUCGAUUGGACUCACAACUUCAAUAACCAGACACCCGCUGUGAAGCAACCACAAAUUCAGUUUCCUUUUCCCGUAUCACCUUCGACCACGACUAAAAUCAAUGAAAUGAUUCCUCCCAUCAAGCCUCAUAAUUAUUUUUACAACAAUGUUGAUUUCAUGAUUCCUCCAAAGCCACCGGAUCCUAUUUUCGACAUCAACAAUUCCAUUAUUUCUCCACAACCUCCUUCCAAGGAUAGUGCAGACCAAGUGUUUGUAACAAUGCAUACAAUACCACAAACCUUCAUCUUGAGUCCAACUCCACAGAUUAUUAGAUACAGGCUGAGAGUAGACAAUUUUGUUUCGUGUAGCUUAAAUUCUAGACAUUUUGGUCUUUCAUUGAAGCAUAGACAUGGUGCAAUGAGGAUUUUGAAAAGGGAACAAAUUAAUUUUCAUUCUACUGCAGUCGUGUUAUCAGAAGCCAAAAUCUCCUCUAUUGGUUUUGAGGACUUCUCUGUCUCUACUGUCGACACCGCUGGAGAACUAAAGAUAACCAUCGAGGUAUCUAGAAACAAAGCACAGAGGAUCUAUGAUGAUGUUUCUGCUCACUACUGUUGGGAACAUGUGAAAGACAUGACAAAUUCAAGAAUUGCAAAACAAAUUGAUGAAAAACACCAUGACUUUGAUCUUGCAGUUGAAUUUAUAUGGGUUGUUGCAUGGCUACACCAAGCAACUAGCAAUGAAUACUACCUAAAGUAUGUCGUGGAUAAUCUGGUGUUUAUGGGUGGAACGGGCUGGGUGGUGAAAGAGUGCUCUUGGGAUAGCAAAUAUGCUAGAGUCCAAACCCUGCUAUCCAAGGUUGCUGAAAGAAGGAUUCUUGAGCUGGAAGCUUCACGUGACCUUUCAAGGAUCUGGUUACAUGUAGAUAUGGAUGCUUUCUAUGCAGCAGUUGCGACUUUAAGUAACCUCGUGUUACAGGGCAAGCUAAUGCAAGUUGAAGUUGAUGUGGCUGUUGGUGAACUUGCAUAUGAUUCUGAGAUUAUGGGGCUGAAGGAUUCUGCACAUGUGAAACUGGUUGAGAUAGUCCUUGAGCCUGAGGUUGUGCUUGAGGCUGCAACUGGGGCUGCUGUUGUGUCUGUGGCUGAGGUUGAGACUGAACAUAGGCUUGUUGGUAUUGUGGAACAACAGGUUGUUGAUAAGGAUAAUAAUGUUGAUAUUGUUGUUGGUAUGGAUCUUGUCCAGGUUAUUGCUGGUAAUAUUGUCGAUAAUGUUGCUGCCAAUACUGAGACACCAUGUUCUGUUACAAGUUGCCUCUUCAUUGAUGGGCCACUGGCAGCAGUGGAAAUUUCACAUAUUUUUUGUUUUUGUAGCAGAAGUGUUACUUUUGUUCCUUGUUUACUUAAUGCUCAUAAAGAAGUAUACUUUAUCAAAAGCAUGGAAAGUAAUAUUGGGACAAUUGAUCAUGUUACUUUUUCAAUAAUUAUUUUACAACUUUGA